AAUGAAAGGAGUGUCAAAAGUUUGCGAUGCAUUAAAUGUUUGAAUGGGACUCUCGACCUAUUCGGUUGGUUUUUAUCAAUUUUUCGUUUAAAGUAUCAUUGUUUGUGUUAAAAUGGGUGACGUUUUAAAGAAUUUACGCAUCAGAUCGCAAAAACGCAAAAAAUUGCUAGCUCAGACUUUAGGAGUUUCCAAAGUUGAGGAUCUCAAACAUGUUCUGGGGACAGCUGAAGAUGUCCAAUCAACGAAAACACAACGCGACGACGAUGAACCCACAUCUUCUACGAAAAAAUUCCAAUCCGAAAGUAUGUUCUACCGAGACUCUUCGACAUUUCUAAAGGGUACACAAUCAUCCAAUCCGCAUAAUGACUACUGUCAACAUUUCGUUGAUACCGGACAAAGACCGCAAAACUUCAUUCGCGAUGUGGGUCUGGCCGAUCGCUUCGAGGAGUAUCCAAAACUGCGCGAGUUAAUCCGACUAAAAGAUGAAUUGAUCGAACAGACAGCAACGCCACCAAUGUAUCUGCAGGCUGACUUGAAAACGCUCGAUUUAAAGUCGCUCGGCACGAAAUUCGAUGUCAUUCUCAUCGAACCACCAUUGGAAGAAUAUGCUCGUGCAGGCGCUGGUGUGGCUGUUUCCAGCUCAACCAGAACAUUCUGGUCCUGGGACGAGAUCCUAUCGUUGGACAUUGGUGAGGUGGCAGCGCACAGAAGUUUUGUGUUUUUAUGGUGCGGCAGUUCCGAAGGACUGGACAUGGGACGGAAUUGCUUAAGGAAAUGGGGAUUUCGUCGUUGCGAAGACAUUUGUUGGAUACGAACAAAUAUCGAGAAUCCAGGACAUUCCAAAAUUUUGGAACCGAAAGCGGUGUUCCAACGAACAAAGGAACAUUGUUUGAUGGGAAUUAAGGGAACGGUUCGUCGUUCGACCGAUUUUGAUUUCAUCCAUGCCAAUGUGGAUAUUGACCUAAUCAUAUCGGAGGAGGAGCAACUGGGAAGCUUCGAAAAGCCCAUCGAACUGUUCCACAUCAUCGAACAUUUCUGUUUGGGCCGUCGUCGGUUGCACAUUUUCGGUCGGGACACUAGUAUACGUCCUGGUUGGCUAACCGUUGGACCCGAAUUGACGAAUUCCAAUUUUAAUGGCGAAUUGUAUGCGAGCGCUUUCGCUGAUAAUACGACUACCGGUUGUACGGACAGGAUAGAAGCGUUGCGUCCGAAAAGUCCACCAACUAAUGGAAAGAUGAUGAGGGGACGAGGACGUGGCGGCUACGUUCGUGGACGCGGAAGAGGUAGAUAGGAAGCGUGACGAAAUUGUCGUGUAAGUUAAAUUAUAAAAAAAAAAUAUUUUGAAUUAAAUUUUGUAGGAACUUUAGGAGCUUUGUAUUUUGUACAAUUCUGAAAAAUAGAUAAAACGAAACCAACCGCAAGAUGUCGAAA